GGAUCGGUCAACAUGGCGCUUAGCAGUGGCAUCCUUGCCCUAUCAAUCAUUGGAGUGCUCGUGACUGGUAUUGUGACAGUGGUUGCCACAAUUGCGAUCUACCUAUGCGCCAAGGUCGCCGUGCAAGUGUAUUUGCGGCAGGACGGCAGCAAUGGCGCUGAACGGGAUGCCACGCCCUUCAAUGGAGGAGCCGGCGGCAACACGGCGAGAGACGUGGACGAGGCCGAAGUCGAGAUGGGGACCAUGAGCUUCUUCAUCGAGGGCGUCCAGAACGAGCGUCCCGUGCGGUUCAGCUCGACCCAGCUGCGGGGCUUCACCCAGGGCUUCUCGCACAGGGUCGGCUCCGGCGGGUUCGGCGUGGUGUACAAGGGCAGGUUCCCCAACGGCGCGCCGGUGGCCGUGAAGGUGCUCAACAGCACGCUCGGGAGGCGCGCUGAGGAGCAGUUCAUGGCGGAGGUGGGCACCAUCGGGAGGACCUACCACAUCAACCUCGUCCGCCUGUACGGCUUCUGCUUCGACGCGUCGGUCAAGGCGCUGGUGUACGAGUACAUGGAGAACGGCUCGCUUGACCGGCACCUCUUCGGGUCGACGCCGGAGACGGCCAUCGGAUCCGGCAAGCUGCAUGAGAUCGCCGUCGGGACGGGCAAGGCGGUGCGGUACCUCCACGAGGAGUGCCAGCACCGGAUCAUCCACUACGACAUCAAGCCGGAGAACGUGCUCCUGGGCGCCGGCAUGGCGCCCAAGGUAUCCGACUUCGGGCUGGCCAAGCUGUGCGACAGGGAGGACACCCACCUGACGAUCACGGGCGCGCGGGGCACGCCCGGGUACGCGGCGCCGGAGCUGUGGCUGCCGCUGCCGGUGACGCACAAGUGCGACGUGUACAGCUACGGGAUGCUGCUGUUCGAGAUGCUGGGGAGGCGGCGGAACCUGGAGCUGGGGCUGCACGGCCGCCAUGAGAGCCAGGAGUGGUACCCGAGGUGGGUGUGGCACCGGUUCGAGGCCGGCGACAUGGACGCCGUGCUGGCGCGCGCCAUGGCGGCGGGGGACGUGGACGACAUGGAGAAGGCCGCGAGGAUGUGCAAGGUGGCGCUGUGGUGCGUGCAGUACCGGCCGGAGGACAGGCCGUCCAUGGGCAACGUCGUUCGGAUGCUGGAGGGGGAGGAAGACAUCGCCACUCCCGGUAACCCGUUCGCCCACAUGGCGCCCUACAGCGCCGGCGCAAUGCUGUCCGAUGACACAACAACGGAAUCGAACGCUUCUUCAGAUUUUAUCGGCAGGGUACCUGGAUUACGCUGAUGCG